ACACCGGGGGAGCAACCCAGGUGCGCCCGCAGGUUGGAUGUCCCACCUUUAUUGUGCCCGUAGCCCCUCUUGAGAUCAGGUCUGCCCUGGAGUAUCGUCGGAGCAGCUUGGAUGGAGAUCCCACGAGGACUUUCAAUGAUGCCCACGUGCGAACCCGGACCCUCUGGCCGCUCUGCGACGAGCGGGGAACCGGCGAUGAGGUUCGUGGACUUUGUAAAGAACUUUCCAAAUUGUCCGUCGUCCCCGAGAAGAACCAGAGCGAUCUAGAUGAGCCGCACGUUUCCAAGGCGGCAAAACAAAACAACCAAGCGGUAGCAGACAAGCCGAAACCGAUUGAUGUGUCAUCAGGAAAGAUGCCCCACAAGAGUGAGUGCAAACCCCGCUGCAAGAAGGACAAAUCCACCGUCCACCAUCACAGCACCCCCGUGCUCAAGAAACAGGAGAACUCGGCUCACCUCGCAAACAGCAGACAAAAAGAAACCAUGGAAAAUCCGAGCAGCCACCUUGUCGAAGAGAAGAUGAUGAUAAUUGAGACAGCCAAGCCGCAUGGCAAGAAGAAGAGGAAACGCCAACAAAACGCGACCGAGGAGAAGACGGCAGCAGACCCUCCGGCCGUGACGGAGAUCGUCGCAAAAGCGAAAGGUGCGAAAGGACGAAUCGAAAUGUUUGAGGCCAAAACGAGCACCAAACACAGCAAAGCCCGCAAGCACGCAGGGACUUCGGAGGCUGCGGACAAAAAGCACCCAGACGCUUCGAAAGCCUCACAGGGAGAACACGUUCAGCAUAAAACAGAAGACAAACACGACCCGACUAACGACGCUGCCUUUAAAAAACUGCGCCCGUCCAAGGAUAAGUUUGGAAAGCUUUUGGACUCAAAACAAAGCGUUUCGCCUCCAAUGAAGGCGGCAGAGGGACAAAAGACGGAUGUCAGGGCGCAGAGUAAGAAGGCAUCCAGCGAAGCGGUCAAACACAAAACAAGCGCACCCAAAGGAGAGCCGAAGGUCACGCAACCCAUCCAGGCAGCGUCCGUGAGUGAGGACCCCCAAAGUCUUAGUCUGUGGUGUCAGUUGGCUGCCAUCUCGGGCGAGCACACCUUCACCUGGAGGCACGAGGGUGCCGUCCUGGCGGAGGUCAAGCGAAGUGCAGGGGACGAGAGUCGUGCGUCCUUGACCAUCCCCAAGGCCUCCCGCAAAGACCUGGGGAAGUACCAGUGCUGCCUCAACAGCUCACAAGGCUCCAUCACGCUGGACUACCUUCUUACUUACGAAGUGCUCCGUGAGAUUGUCAUCCAGCCAUCUCCAAACGUCACAUCCGUCGAGGUAGGCUCCGAGGCGGAGGACGUGCAGUGUUCCCAGCUGCUGUUCAGAGACGAUUUCCUGUCCGAGCAGUACUUUGGCGAAAAACAGCCCUUCAGCAUCGUCACCGAGAAGGUCCACUUUGGGGAGGGCAUGCACCGGCGGGCGUUUCGCACCAGGCUGCGCAGGGUUGGGGUGCCCCACCUGCUGGCGGGGCCCUCGUGCGUGCUUAAGGUGCACACCGCCAUCAGCUACGGGAUCAAGAACAAUGACGACCUUGUUAAAAGGAACUACUCCCUGGCUGUGGAAGAGUGUCAUGUUCAGAACACGGCUCGGGAGUACAUCAAGGAGUACACUGCUGUCGCCCAGUCCGUCGACACCUUCGGGGAAGUCCCAGAGAUCAUUCCCAUCUACCUGGUUCACCGGCCGUCUAGCGACAUCCCAUACGCCACACUGGAGGAGGAGCUGAUCGGUGACUUUGUAAAGUAUUCGGUGAAGGACGGCAAGGAGAUCAACCUGAUGAGGCGGGACUCCGAAGCGGGGCGCAAGUGUUGCGCCUUCCAGCAUUGGGUGUACCAACGGACGGAAGGAAACCUGCUGGUUACUGACAUGCAAGGAGUCGGAAUGAAGCUCACUGAUGUGGGAAUAGCCACCUGUAAGAAAGGCUACAAGGGCUUCAAAGGCAACUGUGCCACCUCAUUCAUCGACCAGUUCAAAGUGCUGCACCAGUGCAACACUUACUGCGAGAUCCUGGGCCUGGACUCCCUGCAGCCCAAAGCAGCCAAGAAGACUGUCUGCACUCACAGAAGCAAAGCACAGCCAUUAGCAGGACCCAAAAAGAAAACAUUUGGGCCCACUCUUAAGGCCAAGUCCUAAGAAUGGGAAGUGCUUGGAUGGGAAUUGGGGUGUUGAACUUUCAUGUCUUAUAUCGACUUUUUUUUUCUUUUCUUUUUUUACUUGUGAUGUUUCCAAGCACGUUGUGUUCAUUAAAUUAAUGAACUGGUUAAUUAGCUUAUUGGAAGAAACACUGUUGACUAUGAAACAUAGAGCAGAGGACAAAACUGUAUUGUUAUUGAUGGAUUCAGUGUGAAUGCUUUUAUUUGUUAGAGGUUCAUUUUCUUCCAUUCAUUUUCGAUAAAGUGCUUGUCGGUA